AUGGACCGAACCCUCCCUGAAAGUAAACGGCCUCGGCGAUCAGGGACCAGCGCAGCACCAGACACUGGCAAGGCCUCCAGUAGAGACCCCGCGCACACGCGGGUGCACGAAGCCGGCUCGGAUUCCUGCCGGGCCCCGCGGGCGUCACCCCGAGAUUCGCGGGCGUCUGCAGCGAGUCCCGGCGCCCGCGCAGGCGCGUGUGAAUCAGCACCGAGGUUCGCGGGCGUCUGCGCGGAGUCCCGGCGCUCGCGCUGGCGCCUGAACAGCCCGAAGGCUACUGCACGGAGUCCCGGCGCUCGCGCAGGCGCGUGGGGAGCAGUCCUGAGGUUCGCUGGUGUCUGCACGGAGUCCAGGCGUUCGCGCAGGCGCGUGUGGAGCAGCCCCGAGGGCCACCUGGGCCAUUCCCUGCCUCCAGGAAGGAUCUGCCGGAGCCUGGAAGGAGAAAGGAUUUUCCCAGCGCUUCAGGACCCGGGUAGCACCUCCCUGCUGGGGACUGUCCAUGUGGCCUUCUUGCUGGCAAUUCCACAGAUGGCGGAUCGUAACCACUCUGGAUCCUGCCAAUGCCCUGGCAGCUCUUUCUGCACCGAUUUUAAAUGGCCAAACUCUAUUUUUGUUUUGUUCCUUCCAGAUUUUGCUCUCAUCCCAAUUGAAAGAAACAUAAACUUUGUGAACAUUUUAGGACACUCUGGCAUACAAACAGAGUUAUUUUAACUGGGGAGCUGGAGCUGCCUUAAAAAAGCUUCUUGUUCCUUGCCUGAAGGCCUGAGCCAGGGGGAUUUGUCCUGUUCCUUUGGAGGAACAUUGGAUAGUACUGUUGUGGUAACAUGAGUGAAAGUACCCAAGCCAGGCACUGGGCUAGGAGUUCCAUCUCAUUCAUUCUUCACAGAGAGACUGUAAGGUGUCACCUCUGUGUUAUAAAAGACAACAUUAAUAACUUGAGCCACAUUGAGGGUAAGUAACUUUGUCCAGAGCUGAGUUUGAGCCUGGAACUCUGGGACCUCAAAUGUUUUCACUUAACCACACUGCUGUGCCACCUGCCUGGUGCUGUUACCUGGUGGGUGUUUAACCACAGGGCUGAUUUCUGCCUCAUCUGCCCCACUAGCCACCUAGGUCUGAAAAAAGGAGUCGUCUCAGGAUUAGUCUAGGUUGUCAGGCUGAAUCAGGACCUUUUGCAAAGUUUUUCUCUGUGAACUAGAGUUUAAACUUGCACACUUAGACUAGUAUAUCUCUGAAGUGUGUAUUUCCUUCCAAACCAAUCUAAGACCAAGAGGAAUCAGAGUUACUAAUAAGCACCAAGAGAGAACUAGUAUCUUUCAUAUAAAAACUAAAAAGCUAAGAAAAACAAUAAUCAGUGUGAAGUCUCAAAAUGGUUAAUAUUUCUUUCAAAGAAAAAAUAUUUACCCGAGCAUGCAAUUUUUGCAUGUUUCAUGACAAAGCUUGUUUCACGCUGAAAGAAAAAAAAUCACUCAGAAUGAAGCCAAUUUUAAUUUACACACACACAAAUUUAAGUAAGCAAGUAUUAAAGGAAUAAGGCCACCACACACAUAAAGCACUGUAUCUAUUUAUGUGUAUAUAAAUGUUUGUUGUCAUCUUUUUUUUCCUCUCAUAUAUCCAGAAAAUGUUUCUGUAGUUCUGACUCAUUUGGCCCUGGCGUCCUCUCCCACUUAUCCACCUACCAUGCUAUGUUCCCUGUGUGCCUUGAUUCUGGGUCCACCCAGCUAGCUCUGUUCCUACGGAAGUAAGGAAUGGCAAUGAGCCCACCAUUCUCCAUUCUUCCCCGUGUGCACCAAAAGAGAAUGGAAAUGAGCCCAAACUAUAGAAGCUGGUGGGGAAACACACGUCUCGUUCAGGUGUUGUCCCAGCUACGAGAGUAACACCAGGUCUCGGCCUCCAGUGGCUCCCCACUGCCUGCACCUGCAGAAAAGCCCAACUCCUCAGCCUAAUUUUUUUUUCAAUAUAUGAAGUUUAUUGUCAAAUUGGUUUCCAUACAACACCCAGUGCUCAUCCCAAAAGGUGCCCUCCUCAAUACCCAUCACCCACCCUCCCCUCCCUCCCACCCCCCAUCAACCCUCAGUUCUCAGUUUUUAAGAGUCUCUUAUGCUUUGUCCUCAGCCUAAUAUUUGAGGAUACCUCCCUCCUCCUUCUCGUGUCCUUCCACUCCAUCCAUGAAUCUUUCAAGCAGGGCUCCAAAUCACCACUGAACUUGCUCUUUUAGAGGUAGCUCAAUGAUUUUCAGAGGUUCCUGGGUCCACUCUUCAUUCCCCAUGCAGCUGGCACAAUUUACCCAGCUGCUGCAGUGGGCCUGUGGCCUUCACUUCCUGGCCUCAUGCUCAGACUGUGCCAGAACUGGCUCUUUGCCUCCUAUCCUGCACACCGUGCUGCCCCUACUAAGCUGUCUGCUGCCAUAGCCCUUCCUUGAUGGGCCUAAGCUUUCCUCCAGUUUCUUGAGACCUCCUGAGUCGUAGGUGGU